CUCGAGUAGUUCCUCGUCGCUCUUAUGCACGCGCACUGCAGGACUGUCUGCGAGCAAGACAGGAGUAGGAGCAAGCUGGCUAGCAUGGCCGGGUCGCUGCUCCUGCCCCUGGUGGGCAGGGUGGCCGGCAAGGCUGCCGACGCCGUCGUCGAGGGCGUCACGCGCAUGUGGGGCGUCGACGGCGAGCGCGGCAAGCUGGAGCGCCAGCUGCUGGCGGUGCAGUCACUGCUGGUCGACGCGGAGGCGCAGAACGAGACCAAGCCCGCCAUCAAGUGGUGGAUGGAGGACCUCCGGGCCGCCGCCGGCAAGGCGGAGGACGUCCUCGACGGCUUCGAGUACGAGGCGCUCCGCCGGGAGGCCCAGGCCGGCGCCGGCAGCAACUCCACCUCCCGCAAGGUAAUCGGCUACCUCAACGUCCUGGGCAGCCCUCUCUGGUUCCGCCUCAGAGCGAGCUGGGAGCUCAGGGGCGUGCUGGGCAGGAUCAACGGUCUUGUCAAGGAGAUGAACACGUUCGGGUUGGUGGAGCGCAAGGAGCCCCAGCAGGUUGCGUUCCGGCAGACGCACUCAGCGCUGGACGACUCGGCGGAGAUCGUCGGGAGGGAGGGCGACAGGGAGGUGGUGGUCGAGAUGCUGCUCCGCCAACGGCGCGAGCACGCGGUGCAGGUGCUGCCCAUCGUCGGGAUGGGGGGUCUGGGGAAGACGACGCUUGCCAAGAUGGUGUACAACGACCUCAGGGUUCAGAAGCACUUUGAGCUGAGGAUGUGGCACUGCGUGUCGCAGGCGAACCUUGACGCCUGCCCCAUCGUGAAAUCCAUCAUCGAGUUGGCCACGGAAGGGAGGUGCGAUCUGCCCGACACCUUCGAGCUAUUGCAGGGACGUCUGCAGCAAGAAAUUGGUCGGAGGAGGUACCUGCUGAUCCUUGAUGAUGUGUGGAACGAAGAGCAGCCGAAGUGGGAGGAAGACCUGAAGCCACUGCUGUGUUCUUCGAUCGGUGGGUCGGGAAGCAUCAUACUUGUCACCAGCAGAAGCCAAAAGGUGGCCUGCAUAAUGGGCACCCUUCCACCCUACGAGCUGUCAUGUCUGAGCGAGGACGAUUCGUGGGAACUAUUCUCAAUGAAAGCUUUCAGCAAGGGCGUGCAAGAACAAGCCGAGUUAGCUGCAGCUGGUAGACGUAUCGUCGACAAAUGCAAGGGACUUCCUCUUGCUCUGAAGAUAAUGGGUGGCUUGAUGAGCUCAAAGCAGCAGGCUCGAGACUGGGAGACCAUUGCGGACACCAACUUGGGCCAUACCAAUAGUGGCAAAGAUGAAAUCAUAUCCAUACUCAAGUUGAGCUACAAGCAGCUGACCUCUGAAAUGAAGCAGUGCUUCGCUUUCUGUGCGGUGUUCCCCAAGGACAGUUCAGUAUGCACGCUCUAUCACUUGGAGUCACUGAAGCUAAAUUACUGCUCUGUUGAACGGUAUUUACCUGAAGGUAUGACAAGUAUGAAGAAGCUCAGACAUAUUAAUCUUCUGGAAUGUGGUAGUUUGGUACGAAUGCCUUCGAAACUUAGCUUACUGCACAACCUUCGCACACUGACAACCUUUGUUGUGGACACUGAAGAUGGUUGUGGGAUUGAGGAGCUCCAAGACAUGCGACAGCUUAGCAACAGGUUGGAACUGUACAAUCUGAGUAAAGUGAAGAGUGGGUCGAAGGCCAACCUCCAUGAGAAACAGAAUCUAAGUGAACUCUCGUUGUAUUGGGGCCGCAAAGUAAGUGAUAUUCCUAAAAUAGGUGAGGUCAACAGUGAGGUAGAAGUACUGGAAUCUCUUUUACCUUAUGGCGGUCUCAAAAUUUUAGAAAUUUAUGGCUAUGGUGGCCAUGAAAUAUCACAGUGGAUGAGAGACCCUCAAAUGUUUCAGUACUUGAGAGAACUUAUUGUUUCCAACUGCCCAAGAUGCAAGGAUCUACCGAUAGUAUGGUUGUCAUCUUCCCUUGAACAUUUGUCUUUAUCCAACAUGGUCAGCCUGACCACGAUAUGCCAUGGCAUCGAUGUCGAAGCUGAAGGAUGCAGUAACUCUUUGCUCAUUUUUCCGAAGUUAAAGAGGAUGGAGUUAUCGUAUUUACCAGAGCUAGAGAGAUGGGCAGGAAACAGUUCAGGGGAGCUGAAUGGCUCCAUUGUUUUUCUCCAGCUUGAAGAGCUCAUAAUCUACGACUGCUAUAAGCUUUCAACUCUCCCGGAGAGCCCAGUUCUCACACAUCUAGUAUGCAUCAGUUACACUGAAGAUCAGCUAGUUUCUAUGAGCAUGCCUUUGUACUCUUGGCCAUCGCUUGCUAGCUUGAAAGUUGGUUUGCUGGCAAACAUGGUGGUGUUCCCCCCAGAUCAGGACCAGCAAAGCCAAAGCCCAAGACCUUUGGAGGCCCUUCGAAGUUUGGAGGUGAAAGGUGACUAUGGCUUCGUAUCAACAUUCAGUUUGCCAGCACAUCUCGACUGUUUUACUGCUGUAGAAGAAUUGGUUAUAUCAAACUGCUCCAACAUUGUCCGCUGGCCACUGGUGGAGCUCCGGUGCUUCGCUCGCCUUCGAUCUCUGCACAUUUCGCACUGCACCAACCUAGGGCAGGAGGUCUUGGAGGGCUCAUCAUCCGAGGAAACCCUUCCCCUGCUCCAGCUCGAAAGGCUAUCGAUAGUGUCUUGUGACAGCUUGACGAGGAUCCCCAUGUUGCCCGCAUCCCUCGAGCAGCUAGACAUUUCACGCUGCACAAGUAUGGUGGCGCUGCCUCCAGACCUUGGAAAUCUUGCGAAGCUGAAGGAGCUCUGUGUGCUGGGCUGCCAUCAGCUACGACCGCUGCCUGAUGGGAUGGAUGGCCUCACAUCCCUUGAGGCACUGACGAUCAGAGAAUGCCCAAAGAUUCAGAAAUUCCCGGAGGGUCUGCUCCAGCGGGUCCCAACCCUGAAGACCCUGACAAUAGGGGGCUGCCCCGACCUGCAGAAACGUUGCGGACAAGGUGGGGAGUAUCUUGACUUGGUCGCUUCUAUUCCGCGUCGAUCAAUUAAAUCAACAAAACCAAUAAAAAAGGAUAGAUACAUGCCUCACCUAUCGGGGAUAAUGUACAAGGGCAUGCCUUUUAAUUAGCACCGUAAUUUCAGUAGAUACAUGUGCCAGUAGAGAGGAGACAGCCAAACUAGUUUUUUUUUUUGACUCUUUUGAUUCAUUUUCUUCCAAAUCCUUAUC